AGAACUGUGCCCAAAUAUUUCUCCUGAGUGGCGGCCAGCCUCCAACAAGAUGAAACUAGACGUUCAACCUCUCAGCUCGCAAGACCUGCCCAGGAAACAAAGUCUCGCGCCACCAGACAGAAACGAGAGUUCAAGAGAACCACGCCUCUCCGACGAGAUCUCACGCUAGCUUGCAGGAACCAGAGCAGAGGAAGUCGACUCUUAGGGCCGCCCACUACAUUGCCGUACCCAGUCUCGCGAGAGCGCGGAGUAGUGCCAACCCGGGAAGUACAAGCAGAAGUAGGAGCGUAGUGCGUUGGGCUCGUCGGCCUCCGUAGCCCCUGCUAGGACAGCCCGUGCGAGCCCGCUAGGAGGAAGAGAAAGGCAGAGAGAAUCGGGUUACAAGAUGGCGGAUCUGUAGUAAUUACCGCGGCGGCGGCGGCGGCGGCGACAGGAGAGCGAGUGAGCUCUCGGGGGCAAAGGGUGGGAAGGGAGGGUGUGUGGGAGGGGGAGAAGUAAGAAGUAGUUGGGACUUCGGGCUGUGGCUCUUGUUGCCUCUUCCCGCCGCUGAACCUUUGGAGCCAUGGUGAACUCGGGCCUCUUCGGAGCCGCCACUGCCAUCUCUCAAGAGUGAGGGGCGCGGACUCGGCGAACGAGGAGCGGCGACUGGCGUGGUGGGGACGGCAGCCACCAUGUCGGAUACGCGGCGGCGAGUGAAGGUGUAUACCCUGAACGAAGACCGGCAAUGGGACGACCGAGGCACCGGGCACGUCUCCUCCACUUACGUGGAGGAGCUCAAGGGGAUGUCGCUGCUGGUUCGGGCAGAGUCCGACGGCUCAUUACUCUUGGAAUCAAAGAUAAAUCCAAACACUGCAUAUCAGAAACAGCAGGAUACCUUAAUUGUUUGGUCAGAAGCUGAAAACUAUGAUUUGGCUCUAAGUUUUCAGGAAAAAGCUGGAUGUGAUGAAAUUUGGGAAAAAAUUUGUCAGGUUCAGGGUAAGGAUCCUUCAGUGGAAGUCACACAGGAUCUCAUUGAUGAAUCAGAAGAAGAACGUUUUGAAGAAAUGCCUGAAACCAGUCAUCUGAUAGACCUGCCCACGUGUGAACUCAGUAAACUUGAAGAGAUUGCUGACUUAGUUACCUCAGUUCUCUCCUCACCUAUUCGUAGGGAAAAGCUGGCUCUAGCCUUGGAAAAUGAAGGCUAUAUUAAGAAACUACUGCAGCUUUUCCAAGCUUGUGAGAACCUAGAAAACACUGAAGGCUUACACCAUUUGUAUGAAAUUAUUAGAGGAAUCUUAUUCCUCAAUAAGGCAACUCUCUUUGAAGUUAUGUUUUCUGAUGAGUGUAUCAUGGAUGUUGUGGGAUGCCUUGAGUAUGAUCCUGCUUUGGCACAACCAAAAAGACAUAGGGAAUUCUUAACCAAAACUGCAAAGUUUAAGGAGGUUAUACCAAUAACAGACUCUGAACUUAGACAAAAAAUACAUCAGACUUACAGGGUACAGUAUAUUCAGGACAUAAUUUUGCCUACACCAUCUGUUUUUGAAGAGAAUUUUCUUUCAACUCUUACGUCUUUUAUUUUCUUCAACAAAGUUGAGAUAGUCAGCAUGUUGCAGGAAGAUGAGAAGUUUUUAUCUGAAGUCUUUGCACAAUUAACUGAUGAGGCUACAGAUGAUGAUAAACGGCGUGAGUUGGUUAAUUUUUUCAAGGAAUUCUGUGCAUUUUCUCAGACAUUACAACCUCAAAACAGGGAUGCAUUUUUCAAAACUUUGGCAAAGUUGGGGAUUCUUCCUGCUCUUGAAAUUGUAAUGGGCAUGGAUGACUUGCAGGUCAGAUCAGCUGCUACAGAUAUAUUUUCUUAUCUAGUAGAGUUUAGUCCAUCCAUGGUGAGAGAAUUUGUAAUGCAAGAAGCCCAGCAGAGUGAUGAUGAUAUCCUUCUCAUUAAUGUAGUAAUUGAACAAAUGAUCUGUGAUACUGAUCCUGAACUAGGGGGUGCUGUUCAGUUAAUGGGACUUCUUCGUACUCUUAUUGAUCCAGAGAACAUGCUUGCUACAACUAAUAAAACUGAAAAAAGCGAAUUCCUGAAUUUCUUCUACAACCAUUGUAUGCAUGUCCUCACAGCACCACUUUUGACCAAUACUUCAGAAGACAAAUGUGAAAAGGAUAAUAUAGUUGGAGCUAGCAAAAGCAACACAAUCUGUCCUGAUAACUAUCAAACAGCACAGCUGCUUGCCUUAAUUUUAGAGUUACUCACAUUUUGUGUGGAACAUCAUACAUAUCACAUAAAAAACUACAUUAUGAACAAGGACUUACUAAGAAGAGUCUUGGUCUUGAUGAAUUCAAAGCACACUUUCCUGGCCUUGUGUGCUCUUCGUUUCAUGAGGCGGAUAAUUGGCCUUAAAGAUGAAUUUUAUAAUCGUUACAUCACCAAGGGAAAUCUUUUUGAGCCAGUUAUAAAUGCUCUUUUGGAUAAUGGAACUCGAUAUAACCUAUUGAAUUCAGCUGUUAUUGAAUUAUUUGAAUUUAUAAGAGUGGAAGAUAUCAAGUCUCUUACUGCACAUAUAGUUGAAAACUUUUAUAAAGCACUUGAAUCGAUUGAAUAUGUUCAGACAUUCAAAGGAUUGAAGACUAAAUAUGAGCAAGAAAAAGACAGACAAAAUCAGAAACUGAACAGCAACAGAUUUCGAAGAGAUGCAAAAGCCUUGGAAGAUGAUGAAGAAAUGUGGUUUAAUGAAGAUGAAGAGGAAGAAGGAAAAGCUGUUGUGACACCAGUGGAGAAAUCUAAGCCAGAAGAUGACUUUCCAGAUAGUUAUGAAAAAUUUAUGGAAACAAAAAAAGCAAAAGAAAAUGAAGACAAGGAAAACCUUCCCAAAAGGUCAUCUUCAGGUGGCUUCAAAUUUACUUUCUCCCACUCUACCAGUGCUGCUAAUGGAACAAAUAAUACAAAUAACAAAUCUGUGGUGACUCAGACACCACCAGCAAGCUCCAAUGGAUCCUCCUCCAAAACAACAAACUUGGUUACAUCAGUAACAACUACCAAGGGAAAUUUGGUUGGCUUAGUGGAUUACCCAGAUGAUGAUGAAGAAGAGGAAGAAGAAGAAACAUCUCCCAGGAAAAGACCACGUCUUGGCUCAUAAAAACAUUUAGUUCGGACCUUCAACAUGUGGUCUUACAAAAAUGCUGCAACUGUUCAGGAGCUGAAAAUCUAAAUCAGAAAGUUUUCUCACUUGAACUUAUAUACAAGGAAUAGCAAAAGAUAACUCAGUAUAUCAGCUGGGAGAGUUUAGUUCUUUAAAAAUCUUAGCUUCCCAGGAACCUAAUUGCUUACUAGUAAUUAAAAGGUUUGCCUAUUGGGCUUUAUAUAAAAAAAAACAGAAAAAAAAACAAAAAAAGGUUAGUUACCAGAACCUGAGAGAUGGCUUCUUAGCAAGGAAACUCACAGGUUUUGGAAUGGUUUGGGGAGGGACAUGGUUGAUAAAAUAGUGAUGCAGGUUGCUCCAGGGGGUACCUGAACUACAAAUAAUUAUAAAACUUAAGUUGCAAACCCAAUAACAUUACUUGUAUAAUGGUGCUGGCCAUGUUCUUUUAAUCAGUUGCCUCAUUUAAAAAAAAAAAAAACUUAAUGAAAAAACUAUUUGAGCUGUCCUAAAAAAAAAAAAGUUAACCCAUUGGGACCAUUUCUUUGAAGAAAUUCAGCCAUAUAACCAGUAACAAGAAAAUAUGCCCUAUAUUACCGCACAUGUUAAAUUUUAUACACCUGGAAUUUUCAGUGUGUAUUUUGAUGAAAACAAGCUGGAUUCAAAAUGGACUAAUUGUUAAUGUAACUUUAAAAUCAGCACUAUUAUAGAUAAAAAUUGCCAAGAAUCAAUAUAGUAGUAUUCCAAGAUAAUUUUCUAUAGAAACUUGGGAGUAAAUUAAACAAUAUUUCAACUGCCUUCCUGCACAGUGCUCUAUUACUUUGAAGUCACUUUCUACUUAUUAGUAAAAUUGUCUCUCCAGAGUUGCAGACAAGUUUUAAAGUGUAAUUUAUUAAAAAUAACAUAGAAAGCAUAGUGCUGAAUUAAGUGGCAUUUAGUACUAGAGACUAUUUUGGUCCAUGAAGUUACUUCAGUGUCAGAGUCAGUAUGCACCACAUAAAGCUAUUCCAUAAACAAGGAUAUAAUAUGAAAGCUGCUGUUUAAAAAAAGAGGGGGAAAAAAGUAAAAGCACAUUCCAUGUACGUAAAUGAAUUUAAAAUAAAAAAUGAGGCAGUUUAAGAGGUUUUAUUUUUAGAACAGCAAGUUAACUGUAUAUAUUUUAAUGUUAGUUUACUCAUCUAUGAUCUGAGAUCAUGCUGAAGAAAAACAUCCCCAAACUACAAUUUAAUGCAUCGGGAAUAGAAGGCUAAAAGUAGUGAUUCCAGCUACAGUCUUGAGAUCGCCGUUGUAUGUUAUGGGGUCCGUUUUUCCUGGAAUAGCUUAAACGGAAGCAGUUUCCCCUGGUUUGGAGAUUUUGUAGUUAAUUUUAAUUUUGGCUAUUGUUUGGAAAAGAUGGGCUGUCUGUGUAGAUAUGAAGUAUAGUUUUUCCAUAAAACAGAUGUUUAUUUUGUAUUAAAAAUACCACUGUACUUGUUUUACACCAUUUGUAUACAUGUGGUGAUAUUAAUGCUGAACUGUAAAAUUCAGGAAUUAAAAUGUGACCCUGUAAUUUUGUGAUUGUUGCUUUUGUUUGGUUUGUUGUAAAUAUAAGUUAAGCUCCAUUUUGAGGUAUGUCCAUUUUACAGUAUAUUUUUACAAGACCACAUGUGUGGUAUAGUAUCUUUUUAAAACCAUUAAAUUACCCAUGGAUAUUUAUAAGCCACAAGUUACACACCAGUCUGAACAAAAAGGAUUUCUACAAAGAAGAUUCAGUGCACUUUAAAUACCACUGACUCUACUGACAGGUCAUCCCUACAUAGAACUACUCUCAUGUCAUUGAUCAAAGGUACAUAAAAAAAAAAAAAAAUAGAAAAAGGCUUUCCACAUAAUUCAGGUGUCUCAGGAUAUUUUAAACCUAGAUUGUAAAGUUACCAUGUGAACACAUUUUCUUUCAAGUUUUAUCAAGUCCCUUUACUUUUCUUAGUUUUUAUUCCCUUUUGUAAUCUAUUAAUAAGCAGCACAGGAGAAUCAUAUUCUUGAUUCUUCCUGAUUAAUUUUAAGUUUUAGCAGGAAAUAUUAUGUUUAAGAAGCAUUUCUUUUUUCUUUCUGAGUAACUCAUUUUAAUCAUCAUAGAAGACUUCUUACAGCAGAAAUGUGAAUGCUUUCUUGAAUUAAAGCAUAAUAGCUUUUACAAUAGAUAGUCUGACUCACAGAAUUAAAAUACCCCUUGAGACAAAAUUCAACAUUAGCUUCUGUCUUAAAUUUACUGCCCUCAGGCAGGGUAAGGUUUUUUUUAAAAUAUCUUUAUCUUCACUCAGUGAAGCAAGUCAGAACCCACAUUUGUAUGCCUGAGGUUCUCUUCAAAUUAUAUUUGUAAACAUGUAUCCAAUAUUAAAGCUAUUUUAAUAAAAAAUUACAUGAAACAUCUUUAA